AUGGGACGCAAGUGUCCUCGCUUGCAAGCGUUCUUGCUUGAUUACGUUGCGGUCCAUCUCGGUGUGUCUUCCAGAACGGCUCUCGAUUUGUAUGGUAGGUACGUUCGAAGGCAGCCAGAACCAUCCAAGCAUCAUGAUGCUGGUCAGAACGGAGGAAGCGUGACCGGUGAGGAGGACUCCGACUCCGAUUCUUCGGAGGACUUCACUGAGGAGUUGUUAUCGGAUAACCUGGACGUCUUGGAGCUCACGAGUGAUGACGAGGGUCAUAGUGCGGAUGAGAGAAUCAAGAAGCGAAGGGAGGACAACGAACUCGUCAAUUUGCAGGCUGCAGCAGCUGCUGCUGCUCAACUUUCCACGGUGAAGAAAAGGAUAGACGAAUUGGAAGCGCGUCUUGCUCAAACGAAGAAGGAGAACGCUGAACUCUUGGAGAGGGAAAAGAGAUAUGCUUUGAAAGCUGUAGCCGCUGAAAAUCAACGUCCGCAACCGCCAUCUCAAGAGGUGGUGCAGAAGGCGCUAGAGGCGGAGUUGCUGAAACGGAAAGAAGCUUAUAGGAAAGAUCUGCUGGAGGAGUGGGAUCGGGUGCAUCAACGAGAAUCAGGGCGAUUGCACGAAAAUAAUGACGAUAUGGGGGCAUCGACAUGCAUCGUAGUACCUAGAAGUUCAGUUGCCCUUCACACAGCUAUCACCGGCUUCGUGGAAGCCAUGGGUCUUGAUGAGACCACAUCUCGGGUGCUCGACCUACUCCAAUGGGUUACCGAGAUCUCCAAUGUGGUACAUGAAAUGGAUACAGAGAGGAAGACGUUGGAUCUUGCAUGCCCAAACGGUGCUCCUCAAAAACGUGCAAUCAAUGGCGAAAACGUCGAAACGUUGGGGAAACGCCGGCGGGUCGAAGAACACGAGCAGGCGGAAAUUGCGAUAGACCUUUUGGCAGUCUUGAUCCCACAAGGAGUGUUUUGCUUGGAGGUGAACGAUAAAUGUGCAAGGAAGGCAUGGCUAGGGGAAAGUCACUGUGAAAUCCUAGUCUUCCUUUCCACUCAAAGAGGAUAA